CAUCAGCCUAGAAAGCGAACCAGAGCUAGCCCGGAGCAGCUUGGGAUACUUGAAAAGACCUUUAAUAUCAACCCAUCGCCCAACAACCGAGUGCGCGAACAAUUGUCUCAGCAACUGAGCAUGAGCGAGCGUUCGAUUCAGAUAUGGUUCCAGAACAGACGUGCCAAGGUCAAGAAUAUUGCAAAGCGGUCUUCG